AUGGCUGAUUUACCCAACGAAAUCACUAAAAUCAUUCUCUCAAAUUUACCAGUGAAAUCCCUCUUGCGAUUCAAGUGUGUUUCUAAUUUGUGGCGUUCUUGGAUUUCAUGUCCAAAAUUCCAGCUCUCGAAUCAACGACAACGACAUGGAGUGAUCGCCACGAUGUCUUCAAGGAGGGGUAAGAGCUAUAUUCGUACGUUCUCCAUCCGCUUCAUAAAUCAACAACUCGCUUUGGAAGAGUUCAAUUAUCCCCCCAUGAAAAGGGAUCAUACCCAUCGUUGUGACUUGUUGGGUUCUUGUCAUGGUCUCAUAAUGAUAAACGCGGACAGGCAUAUUUACUUGUGGAAUCCUGCCACCCGACUUAGCACCAAAGUGCUUGAGCUUGACCCCCGGUUAGGUGACUAUAAUAAACGUGGGGGACUUUGUUUCGACUCCUCCAAGAAUGUUUACAAGGCUGUGCUGACUCUUGCACACGUGAGUGACCAUCACGACGCAGACCCAGAUUAUGGUUAUUGGCUUUUUAUAGUUGCUAGUCUUAAAGACAAACACUGGAGGAAACUCGAAUUCCCUUAUGACAUCGAUGUCAACUUAGUGAGUGACGGGAUUACAUUACAGGGACGACUUCACUAUAGGGUAAGGUUCAAAAAAUCCUAUUGUGAAAAUUAUAAUGAGGAAGAUGAUUUCAAUGAUGGAAAUAAUAAACGUCACAAGCGUGAUUCUCGUAACCAGGUAAUUUGUUUUGAUCCCAUCUCUGAAAAGUUCAUUAUGUUUCCGGUCCCUGAGCCUAAAUCUAAUCAAGAAGAGAAUGCUAUAGUUGAUUUAGGAGUUUUAAAUGAAUGUCUUUGUAUGACUUGCUUGGAUGAUGAUAAGGGCGGUGUUGAGAUAUUGGUCAUGAAGGAAUAUGGAGUAAAGGAAUCAUGGACAUCCUUAUUUUUCAUAAGGAAUUUAGAAAUAAAUCCACCUUAUGGGUUUGCAGUGCCCUUUUCUGUCACAGAGAUCGGAGAAGUAGCAUUGAUAAUUAAAAUUAAUAGAAGAGUGACAAAAGUUGUCGUAUACAAUCCUAAAAAUGAUAAUAUGAGAGACAUUAUCAUCGAGGGAGAAACGGAAUAUAUAGAUUUACCCAUCUUUACCUAUGUGGAAAGUUUGAUCUCGCCAAAAGAAUACUACUGGAGUAAAAAGCAUAAAUGGCUUUUUGAUAGACGGAUUUGA